UAGAAAAAUGGAGUCAAGUCAGAAUGCUUUAAACAUCCACGAAUAUUAAGCAAAGCCUUCCCUCCCGACCACAACCCCAAAACAGUAUGCAAUGAAGUAGGAGAAGACUUGACCUAUAUAAGUUGUUCCAGAUUGAUCCUACCACUUCAACACUUCCUUACAACAACAAGAAUCAUUGUCUUAACAACUGACACUGCUACAAAUGGAGUAUUUUAGAAACAUCUGUUUGUUUUUGAUUUUCAUUUUUAGCACACUGGCUUCUCUUGCCAUGUCUCGCACUCUCCAAGAUGCAUCGAUGCUUGAGAAAUACCAACAAUGGAUGCAUCGUUAUGGACGAGCGUAUAAGGAUGAGGCAGAGAAGGAGCAACGCUUCAAGAUUUUCAGUCAAAACGUAGCUCGUAUUGAAGCUUUCAACAAGGCUGGAAACAAAUUUUACAAGCUUGGCAUCAAUGAGUUUGCAGAUCUUACAAAUGAAGAGUUCAGGACAUCAAGAAACAGAUUGAAAGGUCAUAUGGUGUCCAAUGAUGAUGUUUCAUUCAAGUAUCAGAAUGUCACUGGAAUUCCAUCUUCUAUGGAUUGGAGAAGGGAAGGAGCUGUAACGCCUGUCAAGAAUCAAGACCAAUGUGGUUGUUGCUGGGCUUUUUCAGCUGUUGCAGCAGUGGAAGGGAUUACUAAGCUUAGAACCGGAAAACUGGUCUCUCUUUCCGAGCAAGAGUUGGUGGAUUGUGAUGUCAAUAGUGAGGAUAAAGGUUGCCAGGGUGGACUAAUGGACGAUGCCUUCAAGUUCAUCAUCAAAAACCAUGGUCUCACCACAGAAAGGAACUAUCCUUACAAGGGAGCUGAUGGCAAAUGCAACACCAGAAUGGCAGCCAACCAUGCUGUCAAGAUAAAGGGUUAUCAGAACGUUCCGGCAAACAAUGAGAUGGCAUUGUUGAAUGCCGUCGCCCACCAACCUAUCUCUGUAGCCAUUGAUGCUGGAGGCUUUGAGUUCCAAUUUUACUUUGGUGGUGUCUUUAAGGGAUCAUGCGGGAAUCAAUUAAACCAUGGGGUGGCUGCUGUGGGUUAUGGGGUUGCUGAGGAUGGAACCAAGUACUGGCUGGUGAAGAACUCAUGGGGACCAGAAUGGGGUGAGAAAGGCUACAUAAGGAUGCAAAGAGAUGUUAAACAGAAGGGAGGCCUCUGUGGCAUUGCGAUGAUGGCGUCUUAUCCGAUUGCUUAGAGCUAAAGCUUGAUGUUUGAAUCAAUUUUUUAGUUCCCUGUACCGUUCAAGCUAGAGCUUGAUGUUUCCAGUUUACAUCAAUAAACGAAUCUAUUGAAUUGAAAAUUAACUGAAGGAGACUGUAAGUAAUAUCAGAAGACACUCAAAUGGAUAUUUGAACAAACUCAAGUAGUGAAUGAAAUCCAGUAUCUGGGUAUAUCGUUCUUUGAUAUAAAAUACCCAGAAAGAAGGAAGAAACACCCAAUAAAUCCAGCAAUCAGAGAUGUUCCCAUGAUGAAAUUUGGUACUAGAGCACUAAAACAUGCUACAAAGGAGUUUGACAUCAAAACAACCAUCUAGACGACCAAUGUAAAGUAGAGAAACCCAUUGAUUUCCCUUUUUAACCCAACUAGCCAGUAUACUGGGGUGGUGUAAAGAAUGGCAACAGACAACAGGAAUGGAAUGAAAACAAAAGUAUUUGACAGAACGUAAGAAGAAAUUCUGUAAGCUCUUCUUGAUGUUUCCCUCAUUAAUAUUCUUCUCUCUUGCAAGAAAAUUGGCAGACCUUCUGUUGUAGAUGACAACAAGAAGGUGAGGCUGAAGGCAAAAAAUCCUACUUGGGUUUGUAUCUUCAUCCUCUUCGGAUCAUCGGCUGUGUUUAUAAAUAUCGUCUCAAGCACUAUCCCUCCAAGUAAAAAGCUUGAAUCAUCCUUGCAGCAAAGAGCUGGUUCGUUCUGCAAAUGGUCUUGGUGAAUCUCUGGCCCGAUAUCAAAACCUCCUUGAACCAGGGAUUCGAACAAAAUGAUCUGAUCAAUCCAGCAUAUUGUUCUAUAUCACUUUCUUCUACUUUGAUUUCUUGAUCAGCAUGUGUUACCAGAACUUCUGUCAUCAAUGGCGAGGAGCCUGAGCGGCUGAGCCUGUGCCGGUGGAGAGGGUGGGGUGAUAAUGCGAUGGCAUCAAAACGGUUACUGAUGGAAGGAGAAAAGGAGGAAGAACAAGGAGGAGGGGAAAGGGUCACAGAGGAGGUUUUCCAGGGACGACAAGAAGAGCAACAACAUAAUGAAGGGUAGGAAUGUGGUGUUCUUGGGGCGAUUCGCGAAAACACAGAAGAGAGAGCACAGACAACCAGAGAGUAUAUGGUUGGAAAGAACAAACAUGGUUGAAUAUGAACUCGAUGAGAAUAAGUAGUAAAGAAUAAUAAUACCUACUAAGUUUAUUUUAUAGUUUCAUCAAAUACCUAAUGAACAUAUUUUACAGCCAAAGAAAUCAUCUCUCUGUCAGCCAUAUUCCCUGUCAAACCAGCCCAAGAAAUCAUCUUUAGCCAUAUAAGAGACGAGCUUUGAACCAUAUCAGUACCAUUUCAUUUUAAUAUAUUGUGGAAAACAUCAAGAGAAACCGUUAUCUGUGUUGUUCUAUCAGGAAAAAAAACACAUCAGAAAAGAGACAAUGAUAGAUCAACCAGGGAAAGAUAUUCAGAAGAAUCACAGCCAAAAGAUUCCCAAAAUUAGCGAGUAACGAUAAUCAACAGUAUAUGCUAAAAUCCAAAUCCCUAAUAAACAGAGAGACCAUGGGAAUGAAUCAACAGGGGAUCUGAGAAGU